CCAGGCAUUCGUCUGCAGUGGAGGACAGCAUCCGGGGAUAGCGACCACCACUAACAUUUUACUUCUCUCACUGAGCGUUAGAAUGUGUGAUGACGAGAUCCAGUUUCUAUUUUUAGACUAUGGGAGCGAAAUGUUUGGCGCUGGGUUCCCUGGAGAGGAUAGUCCGAAGGUCUCUUUCCCGGCGGUCGUUGGAAGGCCAAAGGAAGCUGAUGGUGGGAAACCGGUCGUCGGUGAAGAAGCCCAGAAAAAUAAAGAUCUGAUGAAUCUGGAGUGCCCGACCAGGCACGGUGCCAUCACGAACUGGACCGACAUGGAGCUGAUCCUUCAUCAUGGCUUCGAGCAGCUGCAGGUGAUUCCCGAAGAACACCCAGUCCUGAUCACAGAUCAUUCCCUCCACACCAAUGCUGACAGGGAAAAAUUGGUUAAGAUGAUGUUUGAGACUUUCAAAGUCCCAGCUCUGUAUGUUGCCGACCAGGCUGUGCUGUCACUCUUUGCAUCAGGUGCCACCGAUGGAGUUGUGUUCGAGUCCGAUGCCGACUGCAGCGCCGUCAUCCCGGUCUCCGAAGGCAGCGUUAUCCGUGAGGCGGUCCUCAGUGUCGACAAGACUGACAUGGAAGUAGACGAGAUCGCAAAGAUGAUCAAUGACAGCAUCGAGAAAUGCGAUGCCGCUAUCCACAGCAAGCUGUACGGCAACAUCCUCAUGCCUAAGGAAUCGACCCCGGGAUUGGCGAACCGCUUGAGAAAGGAGUUGGAUACCCUCGCCGAAGGGCAGACAGUCAACGUGACUGUCCCGGAGACCGGGUGCUCACCUUGGCGUGGUGGGUCUAUGAUUGCCUCUCUCUCUACCUUUAAACAGAAAGCGAUCAACAAGGAAAAGUACGAAGAAAUAGGCCCGGCAGCUGUCGCCAAUAGCUUUGAGGCCGUCACCAAGUAGUGUCAAGCAAUGGCUCCUUUUAAUGUCCACUUAGAAAAAAAGGGCAUAAUAGAAUCUUUUGUUUCGGACAUUCUAUCCUGAGGAUAUAUCAAACUACUACACCAGUUCCGCUUUAAAUAUUUCAGCAGCUAUAUGUAUAUAUGAUAUUUGGAAUGGUCAAUAGUCAGAAUGUUUGGAACCUGAUUUCGUUUCGUAAUUGGUUCCCCAUAUCACAUUUUCGACUUGUAAGGCAGUAACUAUAUCCAGGCAAAUAUUGAACACCGUUACAACUUUUUAUUUGAUAAUUCCUUAGAAAUGGUAAUUUCAUACGACGCAUAAUGUGUAGCUAUACUGCAAUUUUAAAAGAAUGAACCUUUGAACCUCCUUGUAACAAAACAUAUUCGCUGCCGAAAAUACGAAUAUUACUUCGCAUCAUCUUUCAAAAUCUAAUGACGUAUUGAAUAUCAACCAAAAAAGCAAUAGCUCAGGUGACCUGAUUGAAUGCAAAUAUUUUAUAUACAGGUACAAGUAUAGAUAUAUGGCAAACAGUCAUUUAGAGUUCGCACGGUUUCUUCUCGUCCGAUAUUUUUGCCUGCAUUUUUACUUUUUACUCUGGUUUCUUUCCUGGUGACCGUGGCGACUGUCAGCAUAUCGUUCACGCGCGACUGAUCCUUUGUUGGUAGCAGCGUCGAGGCAGGUUUAAAAUCAGUAUACUUCACGGCAGUAGCAUUUCCGUCUUUAAAAGAUGUGUCCUCAAAAUACCAAGAGACUAGAAUUAUAGAUGAUUGAAAUUCGAGGGAUGUAAUUCUAAAGAUGUUCUCAAUCUGGUAAAGCAACUUCCAUCAUCAUCAUCAUCAUCAUCAUCGAAGCCUCUUAUCGCAGUUUUUGAUUUAUUUAUGGUGAUAACAGUUUUGAUGGGAACUUUAGGUCACGCAAGGUAAACCGAACUUACACGUGUAACAUGGACACCCCUGUGAUCAAGACAGCUGCAUUCAUCUAGGGUGUCUAUGUUAUGCCUGUUUAGGUCGAAUCGAAUGCUAUAUUGCAUUGACGACCUCUCGCGUUGAGGAUGCCUUGGUAUACUUUCAAUGGUUAUCAUCAAAAUGCGCAGUUCAAGAACAAAGCUGCAGUGUACAUGUGAGCCUUUACAAGACCAGAGUCUUUCGAAUUAUAGACUUUGACAAGACCAAAGCCAACUGGUAAGCCAGGAAAAACCAACAUUGUCAUAACUAUUUAGCACGCCAAGAGCAUCAUGUGAUAAAGUGCUGUUCAUGUUCGACUUAAACUAUGGUUCUCAUAUACCAAUGAGUACAGUUGCGUCGUUUAAGUUGAAGUGAUCAAGACUUUACUACAAUAUGAUUACAUCGAUCACGAACUUAUGAUGUCUUGUUUAGAAUAGAAGUCCGUUCAUCCACUCCUGAAUCGUCAGCCUCAGUUUCGGAUGUAUCGACUCACAUGCGAUGGGUAUCUUUCCCGGGUGAUCAGUGAUAGGUAGCGGGGACUAUCCAUCCGGCACUCUGAAGCUAAGCCCGUGGGACACAACAGCUAAGAUUUGGUUGAGCACAAAUAACAAGCACAAAGAUGCCAGAACGUCUGAAUUUGUUUUAUUGCCUUUCGUGCAGAAUGGUUGAAAUUGUGUGUCCAUUUUGAAAUGCAUGUAUAGGUAGUGUUUUUGUAAGAAUAUUUGUCUGCGGAACCUUUAUGCGUACUAUCAAAAAGAUACAAAUGUAUAAGA